UUUUUAGACAUUUUUUAAAAUAUCUGGCUAAGAAAUAGCGAUAUAUAUCCUUCACUGCACCUUGAUCCCACAUUCUUUUCAAAGCAGCGCUACCCUGUACUAAAAUGGCGGCUCUGUUGACGCACUCCUUCCAAUAGACAACAACAGCGUGGGCGACAUCUAAUGUAAAUAUCUAUGUGCUUUGGCGACAAUAUGAAGCGGAAUUUAACAUUGUUUAGAAAAAUGUUUAGGAUUUCAUCAAGCAAGUUGAUGAAACAUUCACAGAAUGUCCAUAAUAACAACAAAGAAAUCUGUGUUGUGAUAACUCGCAAAUCAGCCUGUGGUAAAUAACGGUCUUCCUGUUGUUAUAGUUACCUAUCCACGACGUGUUUUUUUCUUUUCUUUCUUUAAUUAAAGGCCGAUCAGAGUAAGUAUCCAUUUAAUUAAUCCUAAACAAGCCUCAAAACAUUGUUGAAUUUUUUUUUAUCAUUGUUUAGGUAACAUCAGUAUAGUUCAUUCUCCUUAUUCUUCACAAACAAGCGGGAAUCUUUUUGGCGCGAGACUCCCGGUCUCCUUCAUUUUUAGACGAUAAAACAGCUCAUUAUGCUGCUUGAUGUUGCAAACUUUUAUUUUCUUAUUAUAUUAUUCUACUUUUUAAGUAUAAUCAUGAACACACGUACUUGGUUUAACAACCUUUAACUGUUUAUUAUUCCUGGUCAUUUCUCCAAUAGGCAACUGAAUCAAAAGUUCUAAAACAAUCGCACAUACGCAUUAAAGAAUAACGUGAAUAUUGUGAAAAUUGUUAUUCAUUCAUAUUUUAAAGCCAAGUCCAUUUUGUGUAUUUGAAGGAGCUUCAAUUGGAGUGUUUACGGUACUAAAGAGACCCAGCGCAGUCUGUUAUUGGUCCGUCAAGCAGUGACGUACAUCAGUAGGAAAUGGCCAAGUGUUUUGUUUGGUUUGUGUAAACACUAUUGAUGCAUGCGCGACUAUUCACAGGCUCGGCUGAAAGAAAGGAAAACACCGCGCGGAGCUUCUCUGGAGAACACCCAGACUUCCCAUCGAUAAAACACGAUCUCCACCGACAUUUAAACGACUAAAAUGUCCACAUCUGCUGACAUCCAGGCGCAGCUGGCGUCGAUUAUCGAGCGCUUCGCCAAAUGCGCGCUGCUGGAGAUGAGCCGGGCGGUGGAGCAGGAGAUGAGCCGCCGGCAGAUGGAGGUCCAGAGUCUGCUGCUGAAGCUCCAGUUCACCGAGAGCGAGCUGCGGUCGGUCCGCCAGAACCAAGCCAAUCUGCGCUCCGUGGGAAUACAGGUCAACAGCAGCGUACACAGAGAUGUAAACCUCAACCUUGUAAAGCUCAAUGAAAAUCAUGAUGGAGAUGCGCAGGCAAAUACACAUGUUGAUGAUCCCUCAGCACAGACAUUCCCACAGCAUCAAGAAGAUGGAAUCAAAUCCGUUCGGAUCAAAGAAGAACACAUGGAGGACGAACAGUGGGACGGCGGCCCGAUUUCUCCUGCUCUUUGCCCGUUGGGUCCCGAGGUGGAAGAUCACGACAGUUUUGGCACUGGAGCAGCUGGGGAAGGUAAUGAUUUCCUCCUGUCAAAUAAAAUGAAGCCCAGUGGGAUGUGGAAUUCUCCCGUGUCAGAGGAAUACAUCGUCAACUCCGAAACCCAGAGUUUAAACACAUCUCCUCUGGAAACCGGAGAUCGAUUCGCCGCCGGUGUUUCGCCAAACCAGCGGCACGAUCUCAACGCACAACACAACAAUAUCGAGGAAGCGUUCAGAAUUGCUGAAAUCUCCCAGCGAGGAUUAAACCACAUGCUUCCAUCAGUCUCCGAUCACAGAGAAGCAAACCCGGAGAGAAGCUCACGAUGUCCUCAAUGCGGAAAAACAUUCACCACGAGAUUUUACCUGAAGAUCCACCAGCGGAUCCACACCGGAGAGAGACCAUACACCUGUCCUCAGUGCGGAAAACGCUUUUACUGCAACUCUCAUCUGAUCUCGCAUCAGCGCUCGCACACCGGAGAAAAACCCUACAGCUGCGAAGAGUGUGGAAAAUCCUACUCGCAUCUGAACUCGCUGAAGCUUCACCAGCGCAGCCACACGGAGGAAGAGGCCUAUGUGUACUGGUGAUCUUACUGGAAUAGAGCUGUGGCUG